UCAAUAUGGUAUUCGGGCAGCUCACGCUCACGCUCGUCGUCGUGUGGACUUGCUCACGUCUUUGAAUCCAUCUCUCCCCCCAUCUCCACCGGUCUGAUCUCAUCUCGUGCACAUAUAAAACACCAUAUUCCCAAGCUUUUUUCCGCUCUCCUACAACAGCUCUGCACCAUCCGCCAUUGUUCUCUUCUCCUCUUCAGCUCAGCACCACAACAAGUCCGCGCGCAGCAGCACCCAGCAAGUAGAAGACACGGCCAUUGCUUGAUUACUCACGUCAGUUCCAAUGGAGGAGCAGCAGCAGGUGGAGGUGCCUUGCUACUUCCUGUGUCCCAUCUCGCUGCACAUCAUGCAAGACCCCGUCACGCUCCCCACCGGCAUCACCUACGACCGCGACGGCAUCGAGCGCUGGCUCCUCACCGCCGGCACCUGCCCGCUCACCAAGCAGCCCGUGCCGCCCGACUGCGACCCGACGCCCAACCACACGCUACGCCGCCUCAUCCAGUCCUGGUGCGCGCUCCACGCUGCCGACGGCGUCGAGCGCCUCCCCACGCCGAAGCCUCCCGCCGACCGCGCCCGCGUCGCCUCGCUGGUCUCCCAGAUCGACGCCAAGACAUUGUCACCGCAGGAGCUCCUUGCCACGCUGCGCGAGCUCAGGGACGUGGCGGCCGAGAGCGAGCGGAACAUGAAACUCAUCGCUGCCGUCCCCGGCGCGGUGGACAUCCUGGCCGCCGUCUUUGUCGCGUCUGCGACGAAGUCAGAAAAUACUGCCGCCUGCGACGAGGCGCUCGAGAUCAUCUGCUCGCUCCAGCCCUCGGAGCAGUGCCUGGUUCGUGUCAUUGAGACGAACGAGGCGCUCGUCGACGCUCUCGUCUCUGCCCUGCAACGAUCGAAUACCACCUCCCGGGUGCACGCGGCUUUGCUUCUCGACGACGUGACGGCCGUCAUGUCGCCGAACAGGCUGGUGUCCCUCCAGGAGCAGGUGUUUAGGGAGAUCGUGCAGUUGCUCCGCGACAAGGUAUCCAAGCCGGCGACCAAGGCGGCCCUGCACGUGCUCGUCGGUACGGCGCUAUGGGGUCGCAACCGCGUCAAGGCGGUGGACGCCGGCGCGGUGCCUGUUCUAAUCGACAUGCUCUUCGACGGGCCGGAGCGCCGCUCGUGCGAGCUGGCGCUGGGCGCGCUGGACCGGCUGUGCGGGUGCGCGGAGGGACGCGCCGAGCUGGUGGCGCACGGUGCGGGCGUGGCAGCGGUGGGCAAGAUGGCCCUGAGGGUAUCCGACGUGGCGACCGACAAGGCGGUGCGGGUGCUGCGGUCGGUGGCGAAGCACGCGGCGACGGCGGCGGUGGUGCAGCAGAUGGCGCAGGCGGGCGUGGUGGGGACGCUGUGCCUGGUGGCACAGUCGGAGCAGUGCGGUGAGAGGACGAGGGAGCGGGCGUGGGAGACGCUCCGGCUGCACGCGAGGGCGUGGAGGAGCUCGCCUUGCUUGCAUCGGCACCUCCAGGCCAUGUACCCUUGCUAACACAAGCACACUACUGAUCGAUGUGAAGAGCAAGUACAUGCUAAUGCAUGCAUGCAUCCAUUGCACAGGAAACUCUUGUUGUUUGAGUUUUUUUCCCGUGUCGAUCGAUUGGUGUAGAUGUAGCUGUCUAUUGAAGUGUGCAAGACGGGGACAGAAUUAAAAUUGAGAUCGAUGAUAAUAAUCGG